CUCCUGUUGACAAUCUCAGAUUCGAGCGACUGUGUUCAGGGAGAGUAGGGUUACGUAAACUGUGAUAGUUGUCGAUAUCUGAAAUAGAGACUGAAUUGACUCUCUUAACGUUAUGGCUGAAGAUCACCCAGUAUGCCUAGCUUCGGUUAUAUACUACUUCAGAGAUGGACAAUACCGACAAGCCAUCAAUUCUGCAAUAGAGUAUCUGAAAAUGUAUCACAACGACCCAGUGCUUCAGUUGUUAAAGGCUCUUGGCAUUUUAAUGGAAGGUCGGACCCAAGAUGCAAUGAGAGAGCUGCAGCCGCUGAAGGACAUGUCCAGCGUCUCAAUUGCAUCCAUGCUGGCCCUGAUAUUUGCACAUAGAAAAUGUGAAACAGUUGAUCGAGAGGCUGUGUCUGAGCUGGAGGCGUUGUUGCGCUCCAGUCGUAAGGGAGCGGGAGAGAAAGCGCUGCUGUAUGCUGCCAUGACCUUGUGGCUGUUGGGUCACUGUGCUAAAGGCAGGGACUACAUCGACAGGGCCGUGAAGAUGAGCAACAGUUCACCACAGGCUUUGAUCAUGAAAGGCUGGAUGCUGUUGAACUCCGAGACAGACCAGCAAAGGUCCCAGGCUGUGCACUGCUUCGACAGCGGGGUGCAGGACACCGUUCAUGUCUUUGGACUUAUUGGCAAGGUGGAGUUCUUUCUGAUGAAGCAGAACUACUCGUGGGCCAUGGACGUGUUGAACCAGGUCAUCGCCUCCUUCCCCACCUUCACCCCCGCUCUCUCGCUCAAGAUGGCCGUCUUCAUGGCUAGCCAGGACUGGGAGCACGUUAGGGAGAUGUGUGACAGAAUCUUCGAACAUGAUAAGUGGAACUUGAGAGCACGUCAGAUGAUGGUCAUUUUGGCUUUGGCUAAAGAUGGGGACUUGGUCAAGGCAAAGGACCACCUCCAGUCCUUGAUGAGUGCCUUAGAGAUGCAGGAGCCCAGCAACCCCAAACUCCAUGCAGACAUGCUCCUGCCCAUCAGCAGGCUGUGUGUGCCGAGCGACGCGGCAGUGCUGCAGGUCCUGAUCCCCUUCCUGCUGCGAGUGCACUCCAAGGCCGCGGGAGACGCUGACGUUGCCAAUGAGCUGGGUCACCUGCUGUUGAUCCAGGGCAAACCCAAAGAGGCUAAGAAGUGGUUCUCUACGGCCCUCAAAGCAGAGGAGAGCAGCUUGAAGGCCCUGACCGGUCUGGUGCGGUGCCAGUUGCUGAGUGGUGAAGAGGGGGAGGCAGCCCAGCAGCUGGAGUUCCUCACUGAGAUUCAGCAGACACUGGGACGCUCCGCAGACGUGUCGUUACUGCGAGCGCUCUCACUAAACAGGAAUGGGGGAGAGCAGGAGAGUGUAACCCAUCUGCUGAAGGAAGCUGUGGAGCUCCACUUGCUCCAACUGAGGGGCGUCCCCCUGGGCCCAGACUACCUGCUCAAGCUCGACCCCAACUUCCUCUUCCAGGUGGUGCAGCUGCACCUCUCCUACAUCCAGACAGAGGCCCAUGUCCAGGGCCAGCCUCUGCCCUUUGGCCUGAAGCACUGUGUGAUGAUCUUGGACGUGGUGGUGAGGGCCGCCCCAGGGAUCCUCACCUGCUCCUACCUCACGGCCUUCGUCAAGUUCCUGUCUGGUGACUGUAAGGUGGCGCAGGCGUACCUCAGCCCGUGUGUGGAGCGGGAGCCCACCCUGGCCCCGGCCCACGUGCUCCAGGCCCGCAUCCACCUGGCGGCGCGCGACUACCAGCAGUGCCUCAGCAGCCUGGAGAGCGGCGUCUCACACAACUUCCAGGUGCGUGAGUUGCCAGGGUACCACCUGCUGAAAGCACGUUGUCAGCGUGAGAUGGGGGACUUGGUGGAGGCCAUCCGCUCCCUGCAGCUCCUGAUGAAUCUGCCCGGCAUCCGGAGGCCCAUCCCAGGGAGGCAGGACAUCACCAGCAGUGAGAGGGCCUCUGUGUUCCUGGAGCUUGCUCUCACACUCCGUCUCAACGGAGAAGAGCACGAAGCCACCAAGGUGAUGCAGGACGCCAUCCUGAGCUUCACGGACACCCCAGAGGAGAGUCGCGUGAUGGUGGCCAAUGUGGACCUGGCGCUGGCCAAGAACCUGGUGGACACGGCCAUCAGCAUGCUGCGUGGCGUCGAGCCUGGUCAGCCCAACUACAUCGAGGCCAAAGAGAAGAUGGCCGCCAUCUACCUGGACAGGAAGAGGAAUAAAAACCUCUACAUUGCCUGCUACAGGGAGCUCUGUGAAGUGAUGCCUAAUGCUCACACGAGUGUUCUCUUAGGUGACGCCUACAUGAAAAUCCAAGAGCCAGAGAAGGCUAUCGCAGUCUACCUGGAUGCAACAGAAAAAGCCCCUAAAGACCCAACCUUUGCCCAGAAGAUUGGCCAGGCGUAUGUGAAAACCCACCAGUACGAUAAGGCCGUGGCCUACUACGAGACGGCACUGGACCACCACAUGCAGGACGCACUCUGUCUGGAGCUCAUCCAGCUGCUCAUCAAGAUGAGGCAGUUUGACAAAGCACAGCUCGUCUUGCGCAAGGCCCUGAGCACCGAAGCCACGAGUGAGUUGGCCACCAUGUUGAGUUAUGUGGGGUACCUGAAAGUGUUGGCACGAAUCCAAGAGGAAAUAAAUGUCUCUCCAGAGGAAACAUUAAAGAAGGCUCUGUCCCUCCAGGGGAAGGUGUUGCGCCGGGUGCCCGUGGAGCAGCCGGAUCAGCUGGAGCAGCAGGCAGCCGUGGCCUCCUGGCUCUGCUGUGCCACGGCCCGCCUCAAGCCACACCUGGAGGAGGCCAUCCACUGCUAUACGGAGGCCCUGCACCACACACCUGCAGACGCCAGCAUUUCACUGGAGAUGGCUCAGCUGUAUCUCAAGCAGAACAAACUGGACCAGUGCAGGGAGCACUGUGUGGCCGCCGUGACAUCCCAGCCCAACCACCCGGAUGCCACCAUGCUCCUGGGAGACGUGUUGUUCCGCCAGGCGAAGCAUGAGGAAGCUGUGAAGGUGUAUGCAGACCUGGCCAGGCACCUCCCAGAUAACUUCCGGGUCAUGGCCAAGUUUGUAGAGCUCCUGAGGAGAGUUGGGAAGCUGGAGGACAUUGUGCCGUUUUUCGCGGUGUGUGAGCGCUUCUCGGGCAAGGCUCCCCAUGACGCGGGCUACAACUACUGCAGAGGGCUCUACCUGUGGCACAGGAACCAGGUGACCGAGGCGCUGAUGCACCUGAAUAAGGCCCGGCGGGACUGUGAGUGGGGCGAAAAGGCCUUGGACCUGAUGGUCCAAAUCUGCCUGAACCCAGACAAGGAGACAUUCGCCGGACAGACGUUCCAGCCCAGCACAGAAGAGGAGGGGUGUCCCCCCGGCGGUGGCCCCGCAGCAGAGCCCAAGGGGGACGAGGAGGGCGCCCAGCUGGGCCUGGCCACCGCCCAGAGCCUGCUGAAGGAGCUGUGUCCGCGCUCCCAGGCCGGCGUGCAGCGCGGCCAGCUGCUCUUCAACCUGCUGCGCCUGCACACCAAGGAGGAGCCCCUCAUCCAGAGCGCCGCCGCUGCCUUCAGCGACAUGAUGGCCGGCAAGUCCGACAGAGAGAGUGUGUCCGCACUGCUGGGGCUGAGCCAGGCCUUCAUGCUGCUGAACCAGGUUCCGCGGGCUCGGAACCAGCUCAAGCGGCUCUCCCGGGUGGAGUGGAGCGAGGAGUGCGCCGAGGACCUGGAGCGUGGCCAGCUGCUGCUGACCGACAUGUACAUCAAGACGGGGAAGUACGACAUCGCCACCAAGCUGGCCAAGCUCUGCCUCGUCCACAACAAGUCCUGCUGGAAAGCCCUGGAGUACCUGGGCUACAUCUCAGAGAGUGAGCAUUCAUACAGAGAUGCUGCUGAGCACUAUGCAGAGGCCUGGAGGUACAGCUAUAGAGUCAACCCAACCAUAGGCUAUCGGCUGGCUUUCAAUUACCUCAAAUACAAAAACUACACUGAGGCCAUAGACGUUUGCCACAAGGUUUUGGAGGAGCACCCUGACUUCCCCCAGAUUGAGACAGACAUUCUGAACCGGGCCCAAGUGUCUCUGAGACCAUAACUCUAGACGCCACACACACACACUGACUAUACUACAGCCACCGUCACUGGACUUAGACCAGCUCAGAGUUUUUAUAUAUAUAUGCUCUAAUUUUAAAUGGACACACGUACUGUAUAUAAUAUUCAGCACUGUAGUCAUGUAUGGGCUGUUGUAAAAUCUAUACUACAAUUCUAUAUGAUUACUUUUUGUAUCCAUAGAUGUGUGAUAGUUAGUGU